AUGUUCCCGCUGCGAAUGCGGCCUCGUUUGAAUGGCUUCCACACUGGCGGACUUGUGUUAUCUGGUCUGUGGUCUGCAACAUAUGCUCUUACAUCAAGGCUGCACCUCGAUAGUGACGAGGAUACUGAACGUAAGGCACGGCUUAGGACGGUACGGACAACGCAAGCAAGUGCGUUAGCUAAGGAGAAAUCUCUGGACCAAUUCAGUCUCGCACGGAACGAGCUACACACAGCUUUACGGAACGAUGACAGCAACAAUCCCAUUGAGGACGAUCACGCAGAGGCCAUCCUGCCCGUGCCAUCUGGCUUCUGGUCCUUCUUUGCUGUUCUUGAUGGACACAGUGGCUGGGAAACCAGUGCAUGGCUUCGCGAAAACCUGAUACCCGCGACCAGCGGCGCCCUCGCCGACAUAUACCAAGCUCACCGCCCCCCCGCGCCCUCCGACGCCCGCCCUCUGCCCGCCUCCGCGGAAAUCGACCAAUCAAUCAAGGAUACCUUUAAACGCCUAGACGAUGACAUUGUGCACCGCGCCGUCGAGCAGGUCUUCGCCGCCGGCACGCGCACCGCCGCGGCGAGACUUCUUGCUCCCGCGUACGCCGGCUCUUGUGCGCUCCUCGCUUUUUACGACUCUCACACGCGCGUCUUGCGCGCUGCGCUCGCGGGCGACUCACGCGCCGUGCUCGGACGGCGCACCGUGGACGCGCGCGGUCGCCCCGCGUACGCGGUACACGUCCUCACCGUCGAGCAGGACGGACACAACCCUGCGGAAGAGUACCGCCUGAACGCGCAGCACCCCGGCGAGGCGGUCGUCGUGAACGGGCGCGUGCUCGGUAUGGGCCCCUCGCGGGCGUUCGGCGACGCACUGUUCAAGUGGACCAGGGACGUGCAAUGGAAGCUGAAGCAGUCGUUCCUCGGCCGCACUCCCCGGGCGAACGUGAAGACGCCACCGUAUCUGACCGCCGAACCCGAGGUCACGUCUUUUGAAGUGGAGCCAGGAGAUUUCCUGAUACUGGCCACAGAUGGGCUAUGGGAGUGUCUGUCUAGCCGCGAGGCGGUUGGGUUGGUCGGCUUGUGGCUGGAGAGCCAAAAGGGUCCUCUACCUCAAAGUGAUACAUCAUCUGUUAUGCCGAAAGACCUGCCUGUCCUAAUUGAGGACGACGAAGAUGCUCCUGUAGAAGAGUCUACAGUGAGACACCGUCAGUGGGGUGCCGAGAAGCGAUUUGCUAACGCGGACGGGAACGCUGCUACACAUUUACUGCGGAACGCAUUAGGUGGCGCGGAUCAGGAUCUUACCGCUGCAAUCCUCAGCCUGAGAUCGCCACGCUCGAGGACUUUCAUAGACGACAUUACCGCUGUCGUUGUGUUCUUCGGGGACAAUCCAGGGCCACCGUCAAAGGACUAG